UACACUUCAGUUCAGCAUCUUCAACAGAUAUGCAGUCAACGCAGAAGCAAAGCAAAGACCAUCAAUAACCAUGACGAAACUAUUGCCUAUUCUGUUCGCCUGCUACAUGCACCUCUUUUCGGGGAAGAAGGCUUAUGAGAACCAAACCUAUUUGGGCAGCCUUAUAUUCUUUCUGUCUAUGAUGGAUCUGCUGUACGGCAACGAGAUACUACCCAAGAAAUAUUGCCGUAUGGGUCGGUUGUUCAAGGUAAUGCUGGAGACAUUCUUUGUCUGGAUUAUAAAUGGCACUCGUUUCUUUCUUUUGGAGGUGAUCACCGUGUCACUAGGUCUGUUGCACUGGGGGAUGAUCUCGGCAGUCACUCAUCAGCAGUACGGUCUCUAUAACUUUCUAUUCCGUACUUGUUACAACAAAAUUCGUGAACUCGUUCGCUGUUGAACAACCUGGGCCAUCUAAAAUUAAAGAAGAACUCAAUCUAAAUUGAAUGUCUGGAAACUCUAUUGCAAAAGUACAAGUUGCAUUUAUGUCAAAAUGGUUUUUUUCAAAAUAAAAGUAUGU